UCUCCUCUCUCUUCCCCUGCUCCCUGUCAACUGUCAAGCUAGUACUAUCUCAGUGCAAGAUUCAGCCUGCUGCCUGCUCUUCUUGCUGCAGCAGCUCUCCUGCACUGUGAUUUGCUCCUUUUCUUGGCGGCAGGCUGGAUUCUAGGUUGCAUUCUUCAGCAGCACCUCGAUCUGCUCCUCCGCCAGAUUCGAUUGAUGUGGUGUGCUCUUGGAGUCAGGGGCUCUGAUUCGGCGGCCGCUCCCCGUGCUCCGAUCCCCUACUUUGAUGAGGCUCUCGCAUUGUGAGAGCCACUGCGCCGCUCCCUUCCGCUACAUCACCUGCCUCCCCAAAUCCAAAGAUGCGAGCUGCGAUGCUGCCUCCGUGGCGGCGCAGCUCCCGGCCGCCGUCGCCGAGGAGGAGCCGCCUCCGGUUCAGAAGAUUGAGGUGGCGGUAGCCGGGAAGGUGGACGACGACGACGAGAAGCACGAGGAUGGUGAGAAGGCGGUAGCGGCAACGGCGGCGGCGCCGACGAAGAGUAGCCUGAAGAAGGCCAACUGCGGCGACAGCAAGUGCGCUGCCAAAGGCAAUGUGAAGUGGAUGGAUUUGCUGGGGAAGGAUCUGACAGAGGUUAAGGAAUUCGAGCCAAGCGAAUGCAGAGACUCACUUGACGACGGAGACGGCAUCUCGACAUGUGUUUGCGUUAUCCAAUGAGUCAAGAAGAAUCCUCAAGCGCUGUAAAUUCUGUGGAAAAAGGGUGGUUCGCAUCAAUCAUGAUUUGUUCUUUCCAGUGGAGGGCCAGGGUGUUUUGUUGCUGCCUCCAUUAGCUCCAUCGAAGAUGCCCAACCAUUGUUGUGUGUAAAGUGUAAACCAGUCUCAUCAGUACAUGCCAUUAUAGAUUCUCCUUAGUUUAGCCGUAGGUUUCGGUCAUUUUAUCAGGUCUGUGUUUGGGUCUUUGUACAGCUGGUUUAUUGAGUGCUACAUUGUUUAUCUAGUGCAGACAGAGUGUUGCUUCUGUGAAGUUUUUUAUAAA